AUGUCCGUCAUCGGAGUCAUCGAGUCCGGUCCUGUUCAGGCCAUCCACUACUUGCGGCGUGCUCUCUUAUCUCCGGUAGUGUCCGGCUCGCUCUUGCUUGCGCUGCUUGCUGCCCCAGAGGAGCUCCGCCAUGCCGCAUUGAAACGGCUCUCUCUGCCGCCAAACUAUGACUUGAGCGUUGCCAAGACGGUUCUGCAGGUUCUCCUGGGCCUCGGCAUUGCGCGCACUGUCAACCUCGCCUUCAGCGCCAUGGCAGCCAAUUCCUGGCGUGUGACGCCAGCGUCUGGCUGGGACUGGCCCAAGGAGAUUGCCGUUGUCACCGGAGGAUGCAGCGGUAUCGGGCACGGCAUUGUCGAGCGCCUGGUUCGCCGUCAGGUCAAGGUUGCGAUCCUGGACAUCCAGGACCUGCCCAAGGAGUUCCAGGGACACCCCCUGAUCCGGUACUACAAAUGCGACAUCACGUCUCCGGACUCGGUGGCCAAAGCCGCUGAUGCCGUCCGACAAGAGCUGGGGCAUCCGACAAUUCUCGUCAACAACGCAGGAAUCACCAAGCCAAUGCCGAUCCUCAAGAUGCCACAGGAGUUCUUGCAGAAGAUUUUCGGCGUCAACUGCAUGUCCCAUUGGACCACGGUGCAGCAGUUCCUCCCUCGCAUGAUCCAGGUCAACAAGGGCCACAUCGUCACCGUCGCCAGCAUGGCCUCGUUCGUUGCCCUGGCCAAAGGCGCCGACUACUCGGCCACCAAGGCUGCCGCGCUGUCAUUUCACGAGUCCCUCGCUUGCGAACUCAAGCACUUCUACAAGGCCGAUAGCGUGCUGACUACUGUGGUCCACCCGAAUUUCGUGAGGACGCCGCUGGUCCAGGACUUUGGCGAUCGCCUAGAAGGAGAGGGCCUCCGGCUGCUAACUAGCGAUCAAGUGGCCGAGAAGAUUGUAAACCAAGUCUUCAGCAGGAGAGGAGGGCAGCUGAUACUGCCCGAUACACAGGCGAUCGUAUCUGGUCUCAGGGGAUGGCCGACGUGGCUGCAAGUCGUGGUUCGAGACGCGAUUGGCAGGAGUGCAACGAAGCUAUAG